CUUUUCUGUAAUUUGCUGCGGGUAAAAUCACUUUUCCGCUUUGGUGCAUUCAUACAUUGGCAGCGCAAGAGAGAGAGAGAGAGAGAGCUCCGGGAGCGGAGGUGAUCUAGAACCAGUUCAGUUGCUCUCCGGCGCCGUAUUUAUAGUCCCCAAACUGGUAGUUACGCGACGUCGCAUUGGCUUCUUCCAGCUGGUCACUCGUCAGCCUAUUUCCCGUCUCGACUCGUCAUGGCCAGCAAACUCAACGCGUUCCUGGCCGCUGUGCCCGCGAACGCGAGCGUGCCCAGCCCGCCCAAGUCGGCGCCGGCCGUAAUGGCCUUCCCACAGCUGGAUCUCAAGGUUGAUCCCGAGAAUACCGGCUCCUUCGCGCCAACCACGCCACAGCCGCCCAUUGCGCGUCGUCGCCGCACGCCGUCACAGCGCAAAAAUAACCCCAGCCUCAAGCUGGAGCUGGACAGCCCAGUGGGCUCGAGCAGCUCGAACCAGGAGCAGGACAGACCCGAAGAUGAUCGGGAUGUGUCGCGGCCGUCGCCUCUUAAGAGCUUCAUGGCUGCACAGGCAGCGGCAGCCAAGCUCAAGUCGCAGACGGACAAGCACGAUAUCUCUACACCGGACCUGGCGCGUACAAGCAGCGGUUCGGAGCUGGACGCCAAGUCGGAGGCGGGGCCUAUGCGUAUGGCCAGCGCUCAAGGAUCGCAUCACCGUCGCGUGUCCACCGACACGACGCUGUUCAACAAAUACUUACGCCAACAGGCAGAUCUUGAUAUUAGCCACGACACUGUGCAGUAUUUCGCCAAUGUACAGGUCAUUACCGCCACAGCAGCUGCAGCUGACGCGCUCGAAAGUGAAAUGAGCGUGGAUAAUAACGCCGACGAGGAACACGCGAACUCCGUUGUACAGGAGCCGGAGGAAAUCCUUGCACUAUUUCGACUGGGCAGUACCAUCCCUGUAUCCAGUGCACUGGAAAUUGUACGACGAGCUACAAACCUCAUGACAUUGGAGCAGAACGUCAUCUCGAUUCGCGCGCCGUACACAUUAGUGGGGGAUCUCCACGGCCAAUUUCAGGAUUUAUUAGAGCUUUUCCGCGUACAUGGCUCUCCGGCUGUCGACAAUCCGUUCUUGUUCCUUGGAGACUAUGUGGACCGCGGGGUUUCUUCCUGCGAGAUUAUCUUAUUACUCUUGGCCUUUAAAGUGGCCUUCCCACAGAGUGUGCAUCUAUUGCGUGGAAACCACGAGUGUCGGAGCUUGAGUACAUUUUACGGAUUUCGCGCAGAAUGCCUCAAGAAAUACGGACCUGUGCUCUAUAACCGCAUGAUCAAGUGUUUCGAGAGUAUGCCGCUGGCCGCACGAAUUGAGACUGCGCACGGCACGUUCCUGGCUGUACAUGGCGGACUAUCACCGGAUAUUCAGUUUGUGGACGAUAUUAACGGACAGGUGAACCGCUUUAUGGAGCCAGAACCAAACGGAGCUCUGUGUGACUUAUUAUGGUCAGAUCCUGCCAAGGGAGAAGCACAGGAGCAGGAAUGGGCCCCCAAUGGUAUGCGGGGCUGCUCUUUCACGUUUAAUGAACGUGCCUGUCGCGAAUUCCUGAAGCGUAACAAUCUUCUGGCUAUUAUUCGAGCUCACGAGCUGGAAGAGGACGGUUAUAAAGAGCAUUUUCGUCACGAAGGGGAUCGCACGGAGGAAGACGAGGAGGGAAAACUCACUCUACCCGCGGUUGUGACGGUGUUUUCAGCUCCAGAGUAUUGCAAUACAAACCACAACGUCGGAGCGACGUUGAAAAUUCCGUGGGAAAAGCAAAACGGUCGUUUACUGCAGUAUCAACAGCACAAACGCAGUCAAUAUUCCGAGUUUGAGUUCACGCGAGCAAGCGAGGAUGAGGCGGUCAAGGCGUUUUUGGAGGAGAAUCUGCCGUUUUUGCCGAUUGACUUUUACGAUUUGGUGAACGUGUGUCGGCAGUUGCGGUUUACUCUUGAGCGAGCAGCGAGCACCACGUCGGCGCCUGCAACGGAACCUAUUCGCAAACUGUCUUUAGUGUCGUCGCUGUGUGCACCAGCAGCUAGUGUUGAAGCCAAGAUUGAGGAGGAAGAUCCAGAGCUUCCCGUGUCUCCACCCCCAUCUGCACCAGCUAAUGAAGUGGAGAAUAACACUACAGACGCCCAGGAGGCAGUGAGUGAGUCUUUGCAGGAUUGGGAACUUGUAGGGGAGAUGAAGAGUGCUGAGGAUGAUACGAAGAAGUCGAAGAAAGCCAAGAAGAAGGAGAAGAAGGAGAAAAAACUGAAGGAGAAGAUCGAGAAGAAACAGAAAAAACAGAAGGACAAGAAGAAGUGGGAUACGAGUCGAAUCGUGAGCGGCUGGAAGUUCUGCCCAGGAUUUGUACGCUUCUACGACCGCUACUUUGCACGAGACAGUAUGAAGAAGAGCGAGCCGGAGAUCACCUCAGCUCCUGGCCAUCUAGGCAAGCGGGCGUCGUGGAUCCCGUAUUAUAAAACACCGUUCAAGCGCUCAACUUCGACUGGCGAGGCCCCCACCGACACUGAAACUAACGAUACAGUCACUGAUUCUACCGGUCCUGUUCGACGGAAGAGUAUGACAGACUGGAUGCCGAUGCCGUCGUUCGAGCAGGUGGCUCAGCUUACAAACACUCUUCAAGGCCACAUUCCCGUUCAAUCGAACGGUAUUAACGUGUUCACCAAGGCCCAGUGGCAAGCUCUGAAGUUGUACUUCUCGAUUCUGGAUCUUGAUGGCAAUGGGGUGCUCAUGGAAGAGAGCUUUGUUGUUCUCCUCGCUGAGCAAGAUAGCGAUGCUUAUGCGACUGAAGACGAAUUGAGUCUCUUGAUGGAAGUCAUGGACUGCAACGCCGACAACAUGGUCACCGAACAAGAUUUCUUACUAUUCGCGUACCGGGCUUUGCUGCGGUGGAAAAAGUCUCUGCAUGGCUCCGACUAGAGUGUGCUAGAGCAUAAAUCGAACUCUCGUAGUGAAGUAUGACUACCCAAUGCCAGAAUAGAAUCGACAGUAUCGCGGCACCUGCCCAUAGUAUGAAGAAUGAAAUCUAUUAGUUGGAAAAAAAAAACUUUGUGUGGUACAUAUCUUGGGCA